CUGAGGGUGUGAACUGUGAAACUCUGUCCAUGAAUAGUAACAGUAUAUCAGUGUAGCUGACAUGCUCCCUCUUGCUUAUCUCCAACACACAGAGCCAAAGACCAUGUUCAACAAGGAUCCCCUGCUACUGGUCCUCCAAGCCUGACGACUCCACAGGACUCAGGAGCCCCUGCUACUGGCCCUCCAAGCCUGACGACUCCACAGGACUCAGGAGCCCCCUGCUACUGGUCCUCCAAGCCUGACGACUCCACAGGACUCAGGAGCCCCCUGCUACUGGUCCUCCAAGCCUGACGACUCCACAGGACUCAGGAGCCCCCUGCUACUGGUCCUCCAAGCCUGACGACUCCACAGGACUCAGAAGAAGCUAGAGCUUGACCCCAUUGGAGUGCCACUAUGGGGAAUGUGAUGAGGGGUGGGGAAAAUAGCAACGAAACAAAUACAAACUGCCAUGACAGCGCACUAAAGGGAGAAGACGACACACUUGUCGUUCUCCAUGACUAUCCUUUUCCAGACAUCAGUGAGCCGAUCUUCAGGAUGGGAGAGAAGCUGAGGGUCUUGUCUCAGGAAGGUAACUGGUGGAGAGUCCGGUCUGGCCAAUCAGGAAGGGAGAACUACAUCCCUAAUAACUAUGUUGCCAAAGUCUACCAUGGAUGGUUGUUUGAGGGAGUGGCGAGGCAGAAGGCGGAGGAACUACUUCGCCUCCCUGUAAACAGAGUGGGUUCCUUCAUGGUCAGAGAGAGCACACAGCAGAGAGGUGUCUACUCCAUGUCUGUAAAGCACAGAUCCAUCAAGCACUAUAAAAUCUAUCGCUUGGAGAACAACGGCUGGUACUAUAUCUCUCCUCGUCUGACCUUCCAGUGCCUGGAAGAGAUGGUCAACCACUACUGUGACUCUGCAGAUGGGCUUUGCUGUGUUCUCACUGGCCCGUGUUUGUGUGGGACCGCCAACCUCCUCGACACCACCACUCAGCCACCCCCUGUAGUGAUGCGCCGCAAUAACUUUGACUGGAAGAAAGUAGACAGGAAAGAUCUGAUCAGUGCAGGGGCUCCCCAGGGGCAGCAGAACAGGGACACCAUGGUGAGCUAUGGAGUCAGGAACAGCAUUGCCUCUUACCUCUCUCUUGCCGGGGCUCAGGGCCCUAGACAGCAGCAGAAGAACCACAAGAAGAAUAAAUCUGUCUACGUCACCUCCCACAGUCUCAGCCAUAUGGACCUGGAGGAGGACUAUGAUACGUAGUGGCCUGCAUAGGCCAGUGGUUCUCAAACCUCUCUUUGGGGACCCCCAGACGUCCAUGUAUUUGAUCUAUUUCAGAGCUAACACACUUGAUUCAACUUGUCAACUAAUCAACAUGUACUUGACUAGGUGAAUCACGUCAGCUAGUAAGGGCUAUAACAAAAUUGUGAAACGUCUAGGGGUCCCCGAGGACAGGUUUGAGAAGAACUGGCCUAGGCUACCAGAUUCGGCAUGGGUUCGAAUCCAACCCACUGCCUUUCUGACUUGCUAUCUUUGUUGUCGCAUCUUCACUGUCCUAUCUCAAUAACAGAAAUGAAGCCCACAGAAAAUAAGUUUUAAAAAAGACUAUGAGACUAAGAGGAGCAACGGCUCAAGGAUCCAGACUUUGACACAGAAAUUAGCACUUUGAACCAUGGAACUGGAUAAACUAACGUUUUUUCUUCUGAUCUCGACACCCAGAACCAAAUCUUGCGGGGUGGCCAGAGUCCCUAUUUAAAUGUUAACCUCUGUUACGAGAUACUAUAUUUUCCUCCAAUACACACACUGCUCCUUAUCUGAGCCUUUGGGAUUGAACUGAUAAGGAAUUGGAAGCUCAGUGGGAUAAAUCAACAUUGAAGUUGAAGUCCGUCCAGAGUCCAGAGCACUGACCGAGUGUCCUGCAAAAAUACAACACGUUAGCAUCAUGACAGUCGAUAAAAUAGUUGAAUGCUGUGUUGUGGGUGUUUGUGUGAAUGUGCAAUAUUCUGGGGAAAGAAACAUGGAAAGAAAGGGGAAUACCUAGACAGCUGCACAACUGAAUGCAUUCAACUGAACAUGUGUCUUCCACAUUUAACCCAACCCCUCUGAAUCAGAAAGGUGCGGGGGGCUGAUUGUUGUUAUUGUGGAUGUGUGUAAAUGUCAAUGGUUACCAGCUUCAGAAGCUUUAGCCUGACCCCUUGCAAAGUGAUUUCUGUUGAGUACAUGUUCAUAUAAAUAAAAGUAAGGUAUUGUAUAA